GUAACCUCUCCGCUGUCCGACGCUCACAGAGCCGCUGAAACACAACAAGCGGUCCAACAAACACUUUCUGGCGUCUCGGCUGCUCAGAGUUUGCCGUGAAUGUGUUUCUGGCGGCCGUCUGUGCCGAGCUGAGGCGCUGAACCACCGCAUGCUGUGGAAAUAACAUGACUCUGAGAUGACUCAGCGCUGGCUUGGACAUCUGUGAUCCGGCUGAAGAUGAACGAGGCGCGCUCCGCUCGUCAGACCCGCCGCUGCCCGUCGUCACAGCAACCCACCGCCCCGGCRCAGUGAAUCAUGGUCGUCGCGCCUCGUGUUCGCUGAAGUAAACUACCCGAGACACAAACGAUAAAUCGGGCCGUGGAUGGGUUUUGUUGAAAACGGUGCCAAGCAUGUCCCUGGGCGAGCAGUCUCACAAAUGGUUUCCCACCCAUGUCCAAGCCACCGUCCUGCAGGCCACCGGGUUACAACCCAAAGGCAAAAACGGCACCAACGACACCUACACCAUCAUCCAGCUGGGCAAGGAGAAGUACUCCACGUCGGUGGCGGAGAAGACGGCCAACCCCGUCUGGAGAGAGGAGGCCUCGUUUGAGCUGCCGGGCCUUCUUCUGGAGGGGAACCCUGAGGUGUACGAGCUCUGCCUCACCGUCAUGCACCGCUCCUUAGUCGGGAUGGACAAGUUCCUGGGUCAGAAGUCCAUCAACCUGAAUGAAAUCUUUGUUAAUAAGGAGAGGAAGAAAACUGACUGGUACGCGCUGGAGUCCAAGCCGGGGAAGAAGAAGAAGGAGCGUGGUCGCCUGCAGGUCAGCGUUCAGUUCAUGAGGAACAACAUGACGGCCAGCAUGUUCGACCUGUCCAUGAAGGAGAAGCCCCUCUCACCCUUCUCCAAACUCAAGCACAAGAUGAAGGGGCGCCGGGCCGACAGCGGUGCCACAGACGCCUCGUCCGCCAUCUUGCCCCGCUCCGCCGCCUGCGACUCGGACCCCGCCCGGCCUCCUCCGGAGUCGCGGCCGAAGCCGGAGGCGAAGGUGAAGAGGCCGCUGCUGUCCGGGGCCCAUAAACUGUCCGCCGCCCACUCCAUGUCGGAUCUGAUCGGGUCCAACGCUCGACCCAAACUGGACUCCUCAGAGGAGAGCGCAGGACCUGCCGGCCCCCACCGGCGUUCCCAGAGCGAGGUGCCGGGGUUCGGGGACGUUGAGGGCCAGGCUGACCCUUUCACCAACGUCAGCGCCGCCCUGCCACAGAAGUAUGCCACGCUCCCACUCAACCGCAACCCGUUCGAGGGGGAGGCGGGCCAGCCGUGGGAGCGGGCGGAGCGCGUGGGCGGGAAGAAGGACAAGGUCAGCCUGCUGGAGCGCGUGACGGGGAAGAAGGAGGGCCGCAGGACCGGGGCCCGCUCCGGCAGCUCUGGAGACCUGCGGUCCCCCAACCCUUUCAGCGGCGACCCACAGGCCAACACCAACCCCUUUAGCUCCGCCUACAAAGCCAGUGACAAAAAGCAAACAGGAAGUGACAUCAUUGGCUCAAAGAAGAAGAAGGACAUCUUUGGCAAGAAACCCGAUGUGAUCCAGGAGAGCGUGGCCAACUACAGCAACUUGACCUUCGAGGAAGUUGUUCAAGAACUCAUCAAGCAGAAGGAGGUGGUGAGGAAGAAGGACGCCCACAUCAAGGAGCUGGAGGACUACAUCGAUAACCUGCUCGUUCGUGUGAUGGAGGAGACGCCAAGCAUUCUACGGACCCCCUAUGAGCCAAAAAAGAAGGCGGGUAAACUUUCUAAAAAGUAGAAUAAAAAAAAAAACAACAAAAACACUGGAAGGAACGUUACUGUUGAAGAUCAUUCAUGUAUUAUGUGGGUGAAGCUAUGGGUAAAAAUGGACCCAUCAGGUUUGAGGUGUUAAAUUUUUUAUUUAGUUGGAAUGGUUUUUAUGGACUUUUUUGAAACGAUUUGGUUUUUCAAGUCAUCCAGGUUUAUUACAUUUAAGUUGUUGAAGUUUAUUACAAUCAGGUGGUUUCUUUACUGUUGUAUUAUACAUAGUAAUUUCAAACAAAUCAUGCUGGUUUAUUACAGCUUUAUUACAGUUGGGUAAAGGUUAAAUGAAUCUUAGUCCUGCUGGUUUAUUACAGUUGAAUCAAACAGUUAUUACAGGUUUAUUACAGUCGAGUCACGGGUUUAUUAGUCGAGUCAUACAGAUUUAUUACAGGUGUAUUACAGUCGAUUCAUAGUUAUUACGGGUGAGUUAUACAGGUUUAUUACAGGUGUAUUACAGUCGGCUCAUCCAGUUAUUACAGGUGAUUCAUACAAGUUUAUUACAGUUGAGGUAAAGGUUUAAUGAAUCUUAGACAUGCUGGUUUAUUACAGUUGAGUCAAACAGUUAUUACAGGUUUAUUACAGUUUUCUACAUUUCAGUCACACAAUUCCUCAUUUUUCUGUUUUAUGGUACUUAAACAAAUUAUUUUUUUAAAAGUAAUUGUUUUAUAAGGCUCGUGUUGAGCUGCACUUCCUGUACACCGUUAGGAAAUGUUUCCAAAUUUAUGUUUACGGUUCUGUGUGAUUUGCUUAAACCUUGAUGAGAAGAAGCUGUAGUUCCAGUGUUUACAAUCAAAGUCUUACUGAUUUAACAGAUUUAAUUUAGUUUUUUUUUCUCUUUAAUGAGGAGGAAUUCAGUCUGGAUGGUUCAGUUUCCCACACUAACAGUCUGGGAGUCACUUUUUUCCAAGAACAAAUGUUUGUUCAUUAUGUUUUGUAUUUAUUUUAUUUGGGAUGGCUGGUAGUUUUUCUUUUUUUGGACCAAGGGUCUCUCACUAGAGGUGAUAAUUUACUGACUUAAAGUGCAAUAUAAUCAUUGCUCAGACAAGCUCUACACAUGUUUACAUUUGAGUUCUUAUCCUGGAGUUAAACUCGUCUCAGUAUUGAUCCGAUCGAUGGGACUUUAUCUGAUUGUAUAAACGGUACCAGGCAACAAGCGGUGAAAUGCUGCACAUGUUUGUAUUUAUGCUGCACAGUUUUUAUUAUUUAUAAGUGUUUAUUAACCCACGUGAACUCUACUUUUAUUGUUUUACAGUACUCUAAACCACUUUUGUGUUUCAACACCUGUUGGUGCAAAAUCUACAGAAACUGACCAACUUGUUCAGAGCAAACCCAGAAUGGAAAACCUGGAAAACCUGGAAAACCUGGAAACAGCCCUUUAAAACCCAGAGUUUUUCCUCUCAUCAAUGACAUCUACUUUUCAAAGUCAUAGAUAUAAAAUCAGCGGUUUAAUGGUUGUUUUGGACAUUUUGAAGUGGGGUUUCUGUGGAAAGCUCAUGAAUAUCUGCUUCAAGCAGGACAAGUUGAUUUCUGACGGGACUGAUGAGCUCAUGGCUAGUCGAAAUGGAUCACUGCUGUCUUGAAACUAAAGCUACUAACUUUCAGUUCUUCACACGAACGUGAUUUUUAAAACAUUUGCACUGCUGUCGUUUUAAAAGCUUCUCUACACAAAAAUGUGGUUGCAGUUAGCAACAGCAGCAGCUAGCUGCUGCUGUUGCUAACUGCAACCACAUUUUUGUGUAGUUAGCAACAGCAGCAGCUGUUGUUGUUGCUGCUGUUGCUAACUACACAAAAAUGAGGUUGCAGUUAGCAACAGCAACAGCAGCAGCUAGCUGUAGCACCUCCUGCAAGAGUCAGUUUUUCUGUUAGAAAGAAACAGUUGGUAUAAAAGUUAUGGAACGUGAUGUUUUUUUUUUUUUUUUUUUGAUAAACAUGAAUAAAAAUUUACUUUCAAUAAAAUUCAUGUAAAAUAUUUUUAAUUUCUUUUUGUCUGAUGCCUUUCCUGAACCAACCUGGGCUCAAAUCUGUGGCCUCAGGAUGAUGAGUUGGAGGGACUGACCACUGAACCACCGCGUACUCUUCUUCUUGCAGUCAUAAAGUAAAUAAAACAAAAAUACGUUUAACGAACGUCCAUUUUGAUGUUAAAAAAAACAACAAUUUCAAGAAAAAGUGACAUUUUACCAGCGCUCACAUAAACCGCCGUGAAAUUUAUAAAAGUUCAGAUCCUGCUCACACUAGCCUUUUGCUCAUCAGUCCUGUCAGAAUUCAACGGUUCCACGUGUCACCCCUUAAAAAUGUCCCAAAUUUCCCUUUAAGAAGCAGAAUUUUCCUGUUUUCUUGUAAAUCCUCAGAUAUUUAGUUUUCCUUUUCGUCGGUCGUGUUAAAGACUCAAACAGAGGAAGGUGAGCUCGUCUUUACGCCUCGCUCUGUUUUUGUUUGUUAAAAACCUCCACAGACACGCGCUGGCGGGUUCCAAGAUGCCGGAGUAUUUUCUGCUUCGGCGCCUUUUAAUGAGAAUCUGCCGACUAAACGUAAACAAGGAGCUGCGGUUCGGUGCUUCCACAUCUUCAGAUUUCUGUUCGUUUAAAGACGAGCCGUCUUUAAGAAGCCCGUUGGACCUGAGAGCAGAAUAUUUCAGUCCGACGUGUUCGGCUGCAGUUUUUUAUCCACAUCAUGUAAAGUUCUGUUUUUGUAAAUGUCUGUUUAGGUUUAGUUGGCAGGGGUAAAAUAAAUCAGACCUUCGUACCGGACGUACGGAUAAACUAACACAAUCUCCUCUUUUUAAAACCAUUUUUUAGUUUUCAGCUGCUGUAACAGCAGUGUGUUUGGAUGCGGCGUGUCGCGUCCUGAUGAAUGUAUUUCUCUUGUUUAACACAGACACCUGUAAAUACGCUACACUAUCACAUGCCUUUGAAGUAUUUGGGUUUUCUGAAUGUCUAAUGUAAUCUAUGCUGACCUCAGAGCCUUCAUUACGAACAAAAUACUGUUAAUUUGUUUUUUUUUUAUGAUGCCAAAAACAAAUAAAUCAGUGUCUUAGUGCUG